AUGUCCGCGGCGGGCGCUCCAGAAGUACCAAUAUAUGCCCAGUGCGCUCGUACCGGCAUACCAGCACUGGUUACACCUGAGUGUGUCUCCAAAGAUGACGAACGAGCUCCAGCAAUUCACUGCACCAAUAUUGCCGUGGCUGGCGGUGUUAGAUAUUCGACUUGGUUCGGAGGGUCCUAUGAGGGCUCGAUAGACACAAAGAUCUGGUUCUCUAAGAAUGUUGAUGGCAAGUGGACUAAGCCUCGUGACAUCGCCGGCAACAAAGAAGGCGAGGAAGUCGUAUAUUGGAAUCCGGUCCUCUUUAUUCCUGACCGCUCCCGGCCGCAGCAACUUCAUGUCUUCUUCAAGAAGUUCACGCCUAUUCCCGUCUGGGUCACGUUCUGGACAAGCAGCAGUGAUGGUGGAGAGACCUGGUCUGUAGCGAGAGAGCUCGUUCCUGGACCAGACGGCAAAGGAGGUAGAGGGCCGCAAAAGAAUCCGCCGAUAGUAUUGAGCAACGGCGAUUGGCUUUCGGUGGGAUCGUACGAAGUUACCAAUCCGCCAGGUAGUGAGGCCUAUGGUGUAUGGGACGCUUGGUCUGACACAGCGCCUAGACCUGGGCCUGGAGACGAUUUUAAGCAAGGAGAUAAGUGGAUCCGAUCUGAUCUCAUAGAGCUCCCCUCUGAUCGCGGGAAGGCUGACGGCAGCUUCCCGGGAGAGGGUGUUAUCCAACCUGGUGUAUGGGAAUCUCGAGACAAACCGGGCCAUUGUCACAUGACGAUGCGAUCCAGUGUUGGUUGCAUCAUCCAAGCGGACUCUACAGACUAUGGUCGAACGUGGGGGCCUGCUUAUAGGACAUCGCUGCCGAACAACAACUCGGGUCAUUGCGUGACAAUCUUACGGGACGGAAGAGUUGUUUGGGCCGGUAACUAUCAGACGCAAAACUGGGGUCCGCGAACACCGUUGUGUCUUGCCAUUAGUGAGGACGACGGCAAGACUUGGAAGCUUUGGGCAACGCUGGAGGAUACGCCUCCGCCUGAUGAUUUCAAGCGAGUUAUUGCGCUGGAAACGGGGAUCGUGAAUGACGGAAGAUCUGAGUUCUCGUACCCCUGCUUGACGCCCACGGAGGAUGAUGACGAAGACGGUGUUUGGGUCUCGUGGACAUGGCAGCGACGUGGUAUCAUGGUUGCCAAAGUCGUUGAUGGAAGAUGA